CUGGUCUGUACUUGAUCGAUAUUUACAUCAAAAACAACAGCAGCAGCAGCAGCAAAAGCAGAAGCAACAUUCCAACGACGAGACUACUACUACUACUACUACUACUAGUCAUAAUAAAUACUACGGCGACGGCAUAAAAUCUGUUGUUACACUGGGCGAAAAGUACGAAAUGAACUGGAACCAAAUCGUCUGCUCUGCACCGCUGGAAUACGGUCUACGAGCACCACAACUACAACAAGAUUUUCGCAAACUAGCCAGCAGUGCGAUUGUCAAAACACGCCACAUGAUCCAAGCGAAUCAAGUCCACUGGCUGCACACCGUGCGCGGGAUCCAACAAUCGGUCAUGGAUGCACACUCGCAUAUUCUGGCACACUACGAGAAAGACGAAUCCAAAGUGAUCAACAAGAUGCGCACAUCAAGACGUCGACUGAAACGACUCGUGCGUCGUCAAAUGAGUGAAACGCAAAUGCGAUCCUUGCGAAGCUUUCAUCGGCUUGACAAGACAAUCCACAGGAUGUUUCAUGAUGCAGGCAUGACGCCUAUCGUCGACACGAGUUCCCAGGUUGUUUGUUUGGAUGAGCUGCGCCAACAAAUCAUGCAUGUAGCCCACAGCCAAUAUGAGCAUGGCAUUGGACGGAUCGUGGCGACGGGCAAAAGUUUCGGUGAUGCUGUCAUGGAUACGCUUGAGACAUCCUUGACCGUAUUCGUGGAUGGAAGUGGGGGUCCGCUCGUGGAUGGAGCUGCUUCUUAUUACCGCAUCGGCGUCAAUGGCACCGAUGUCAUGGUAACGACGGUUCCCAUGGUCAUUUACUCUUCUAUGAAGAGAGUCGAUGUUGAUUUGGCAACGCUCGCACAAGCAGCCACGGAUAUAUCACAAGAAAUGGAGGUGCAGUUGUGCGCAUCAUGGGAGGCGGCUUCUCAACAGAUGAGUCGGUCUGAAUACACCUGGUAUCAGUGGCUGCAUGAUUGGUGGUAUUUCUUAAAGUUUGCGCUUUGGGUGGCACUCAAAGUGAUUGUUUCUUUCUUUUAGGGUAAGUUAUCCAUCCUUCUCCCAGAAGAUUUGCUAAACGUUGCUUAUCCUUAUUACAAUAGUCUUGAACGAUCAGACAAAAAGUCACAUACACAGCAGGUGCUGUACUUAUCAUACCACACUCUUACAUAACCCUGUAAUUUCGACAGUCAUGAUGGUUCUCUUAAAAAGAAACACGUUGCUGUCUUUUUGGAUUGUCAUACUACAAGUUGCAAACACAUAAUUUAGUAUAUUAGAACCAUAUUUCAAACCAACUAUUGCAUUACAAAAACAUGUACUACGCAGAGCAUAUAUCCCCUUCAGAAUUAUUCUUUUACAGUACCAAAUAAAUAAUUCACGAUAAAGCAUCCAAGAAACUUUAAACACAUUGCUAUAUUGUAAGGAAUUAGAGAUGUCUGUGGAACUUCGAAAAUUACCUCGAGUGUCAUCAUGGUUAAGUACUAGUGACGAUGGCUAUCGAUAUGUUUCAGUU